CCGCCAACUCCACCGCCCAAAGCCCCAAGCAAAGAGAUCCAAUAACCUACCAGAAUGGAUCCAACUCCCAGACUUAAGCUUAUAUAUCCCAAACUCGGCUGUGACUAUAAACGUUACAAGCCCAGAGUCUACCCGGAAGUCGCUCGCAAGGGCACCUUCCCCUUCCUCGACCUCUCCGCAGAACUCCGCAACAUGAUCUACGAGUACAGCCUCACGCGGGAGUCCAUCUAUCUCACCGGCGUAUCAAAGCCCAAGGAGAGACUCCGCGUCGGCCGCGACCCCGAACACCACGACCGAGACGACGCCCUCGCCACAGCCCUCCUGACCGUCUGUCGCCAGAUCAGCACCGAAGCCGCCGCCGUCCUCUAUAGCAACAACUUCUGCUUCCAGGGCAUCAACAUGUUCUCCCGCUUCAUGGCGGACAUCGGCACGCAGAUCAGGCUGGUCCAGGACGUUGAGAUUGCAAUGCAGACGGCCUGCUGGACGCGCAACCUGGCCGUCCCGAAGCUCGCACACGCAGCGAGCCUGCGCCAGGUGCGUAUCUCGCGGUUCAAGUUCGUCACGCUGGCCUUCAGGAACAUACGCGACCCAGUCAAGACCUGGAUCGAGAUGGACGGCGACGCCGGCAUCUUCCAUGACGCUGACGGAACGACGAGAUCGUUUGAUUGUGGGUCGCGCAGCUUCCUGCGCUCGGUGGGACAGUGGAGGCAUAACGAGGACUUUCGACGCCUUGUUUGCGGCUUGAAGGUGUGGGCUCUGCAUAAUUCGGACAGGGAGAAGGAUCCGCAUGCUGCGCUCCGCUUGCUGAAGCCGGGUCGUCACCAUGGCAUCCAGCGGUGGGAUCCCAAGUACGGCGCGGUAUUCUGGGCGAGCGAGGACGAGCUCCCGGGCAUUCUGAAGGCGUUCUUGGAGGAGGCUGGUUUGUAGAGAUGGAGACGGUGGCUGGCGGAACAGAUACCGACCGGGAUCGGGAAUAGGAGAAGCUCGAGUACAUGGGAUAUUCGUAGCCAGCGGAGCGGGAGAGGAUUAAGCUUCGAUUGAAGCACUUGUAUUAUUACUGCCAAUAGCUCACUUAGCUUGGUUACGCGUUGUCUCCCAUAUUUGAAUGACAUUGGAUUGAUAGUGCGUCUGAUC